AUAGUGAAGGUUAUUAUAGUGAGGAUCAAUAUAGUGAAGAUCUAUAUAGUGAAAAUCAAAAUAUUGAAGAUUUAUAUAGUGAAAAUCAAGAUAAUGAAGAUCUAUAUAAUAAAAAUCAAGAUAUUGAAGAUCUAUAUAGUGAAAAUCAAGAUAUUGAAAACCAAAAUAUUGAAGAUCAAGAUACUAAAAACUAA